AUGUUCAAUCCUCCAUUCAAUGCAAAAGCUUCAAACACUAGAGUGACAUGGUCAUUUCUCAUCUCCUGUAACUAUCAUAAAAUGGCAACUAGUAUCACUGUGACACUGGAGGCGCAAAUUUUCUCUGAGCCACAACACGCUUCUCAUCAACAUAGGCCUGGACUGCCAAGAGUACUGCCUGGUAAUGGGCCAGAUGAGCCCACUGUCCUCAUCAUCACACAAAAAGUUGCUUCUUUGGAAACCGUGCAAUGGCAAUUGAACAACGUAAAUCUAGAUCUGAUGAUAGACUUACUGGAGGAGAUUUUUGCUUCCUCGAUUGUAGACAGGGUCCACAAGACUGUUUUUGAUAGUAGUUGGAAAAGUUACCCAGCACUUCAGUGUCCGGACUUUGAGACUUGGUAUCUAGGACCAGACUGCUCCAUUACAAGUGCUACAACAGCACCUAGUCCUCAGUCCACUCAAAACCCUUCUUGCAAUACCUUGAAGUCUUUAUCUUCAGAGUUGUCUGUUGAGACCAAUGUAGUUAUGGCUAUGCAGGAAGCACCUCAUGAUUCCACAUCUCACUUUGAUUCUGAACAAGAAGCCAGUGUUGGCACCAGUCUAGGUGCCGAACAAUCUGGGUUACCCCCACUAUACAACACUGUAGUGAAUAACCAGCCAGUCAUUUUCAUACAAAAUGGAAUCAUUGUGAGAAUCAACCAAGAAGAUUAUAUAUCAGUGCCUAAAAUUUGA